UGCUCCCCUCCCUUCCCCCAUUUCCCUUUCGUCUUCGACCCCUCAGCCCUCUCUCUCUCUUACCGUGGCUUUUCUGCAAAUAGGGUAUCACUCUUUCUUUCCUUACAGAGUUGGCCCUCUGUUCCGUUGAUUCGCUUAGUCCAAGUCUGAAGAAGAAGAAGAGUAGGGAAAGUUGGGUAGUUGAUUGAUUUAUAUGCAGAGGCCAGUGGCUGUGGCAGCUAUCUAAACUCCACUUCUCUGGUUUAGAUCCUUCCCAUUCUCAUAAUGGAAGACGACGAUGUCCCAGACGCUUCUAGAAACACGACACCACCACCACCGCCGCCUCCACCACCUUCCUCUACGUUGGGGAGCAGCAGUGCGUCCCCAAACCCAAAUGCUCCUCUUGUCCUGCCCGCCGCAGUGCCGCCACAGCCCCUUCCAGCUCUCCACCCUAUCCCUCCUCCUCCUCCCCCUGGCGCUCGACCCGUCGCUCCUCUUCCUAUCCGACCGCCGCCACCGCCAAAGCCCCGGCAGGAUGCUGCCAAUGUCGAUGAUUCCGGUUCCAGCGACGAGGACGAGGCCUCUGCCGCCGGGGGUGCGUCCGCGGAGUUCCAUAUUUCGGAGGAGAGUCGCCGCGUCCGGGAGCGGCAUGAGCAGGCAAUGCAGGAGCUGCUGAUGAAGCGGCGGAGCUAUGCCCUCGCUGUCCCCACCAACGACUCGGCCGUCCGCGCCCGCCUGCGCCGCCUCGGCGAGCCUGUCACCCUGUUCGGUGAGAGGGAGAUGGAGCGGAGGGACCGGCUUCGCACCAUCAUGGCCAAGCUGGACUCCGAGGGGCAGCUGGAGAAGCUCAUGAAGGUCCACGAGGAGGAGGAGACUGCUGCCUUGGCGGCUGCGGCUGGAGAGGAUGGGCGGGAGGAGGAGGAGCCGCAGAGCUACCCCUUCUUCACGGAGGGACCAAGGGAACUCUUAGAUGCAAGGAUUGAGAUUGCAAAGUAUUCUUUGACGAGAGCGAAGGCCAGGCUCCGUCGGGCAAGGAGGAAGAGGGAAGACCCGGACGAAGACGAGGACGCGGAGUCGGAUUAUGUGUUGAAACAGAUGAAUGAUUUGACUCUUGAUUGUAGCGAGAUAGGAGAUGACAGGCCGCUAACAGGUUGCUCGUUCUCGCGGGAUUCGACAAUGCUAGCUACCUGUGCUUGGAGUGGUAUAGUGAAGCUAUGGAGUGUGCCUCAAGUCAAAAAAAUUGCUACAUUGAAGCAUCACACCGAGCGUGCAACUGAUGUGGCAUUUUCACCUUUAAACAAUCUUUUGGCCACUGCUUCUGCCGACAAAACUGCAGUACUGUGGAACAGUGAAGGGUCUGUUUUAAGGGUAUUUCAGGGCCAUCUGGAUCGUCUUGCCCGUGUCUCAUUCCAUCCUUCUGGAAAGUUCUUGGGAACUGCUAGUUAUGACAAAACAUGGCGACUGUGGGAUGUUGAAAAUGGAGUUGAGUUACUUCUCCAGGAAGGACACAGCAGAAGUGUUUACAGUAUUUGUUUUCAUACUGAUGGUUCUUUAGUGGCAUCAUGUGGCUUAGAUGCACUUGCUCGUGUUUGGGAUCUCCGCACAGGAAGAAGCAUCCUUGCCUUGGAGGGCCACGUGAAACCUAUCCUUGGUAUUGAUUUCUCCCCAAAUGGCUAUCAUUUGGCCACUGGUGGAGAAGAUAAUACAUGCCGCAUAUGGGAUUUAAGAAAAAGAAAGGCUAUCUAUGUUAUACCAGCUCAUACCAAUCUUGUUUCGCAAGUCAAAUACGAACGUCAAGAAGGGUUUUUCCUGGUCUCAUCUUCCUUUGAUUGUACUGCUAAGAUAUGGUCAGCCAAGGAUUUCAAGCAUGUCAAGACAUUAUCUGGGCAUGAAGCGAAAGUUACCUGUGCAGAUGUUGCAGAAGAUGGACAGUAUAUAGCAACGGUUGCACAUGAUCGGACAAUCAAGCUGUGGACAGUUAGCAAAACAAAUGGAAGGGAGAAAAGUAUGGAUAUUGACUGAAAGCUGAAAUGAUUGUGCUCAAACAACUCAAGUGCACCAGUUCUCUGCUGGACUAUUCUGCGUCUGACAGCUGAAAUUAUUAUUCUCAAACAAAUCAAGUUCACCAGUUCUCUGCUUGACCGCUCUGCACCUGUAACAUAGUUGCUCCACUAUUUUCUGGUUAAUGUAGUUUGAUCUUCAUGAAAUGACUGCUCUUCUUUUGAGUGGCAUGUUGAUCUUGUCAUAAAAAUUUCGUUGUUCAAUUGUAAUGCUAGAGUUGACGAAGCGCAGCGGCAUCUGGAAGGUUCUUUCCAUUAUUUACAACAAAGUGGAAUGCUUUACAUUUGGCCUGAUGUCGUCUUAAGAUGUUAUUUUAAUGAUUUACAUGACCUGAAGAAUGCUAAUCGAUCGGCAGGAGGGUUCAACAAUGGUGUGCAACAUCCACAACCAUGGGGACUUUUAAAUGAGUGCAUUGUCAAUUAAACUCUAUAAAGGGAACUUUUGUUAUUUAA